AAGCAAGUAUCAGAGUAAAACCAGUUUGAGUUCCAAAAGAACAAAAACAGAGUCCGAUUAUCAAUUAAAGGUGGAAAUGGAAGCACACUCCUCCGUCCGAGUCAGCGUCGUUCAGGCCUCCACUGUAUUCCAUGACACUCCCGCCACUCUUGACAAAGCGGAAAAAUUAUUGGGAGAAGCAGCUGGAUCUGGAGCGCAAGUAGUAUUGUUUCCAGAAGCAUUUGUGGGUGGGUAUCCUCAUUUAUCAUGUUUUGGCUCAACCAUGGGAGGAAUAUCACAAAAGGGCAGACGGGAGUUCUGCCAGUAUCAUGCAACAGCCAUUCAAGUGCCUGGUCCUGAAGUUGAUCGACUUGCAGCGAUGGCAGGAAAGUACAAGGUAGAUUUAGGCAUGGGUGUGGUGGAGAAGGAGGGAUACACUCUGUAUUCGACUCUGCUCUUGUUCGAUUCUCAAGGGCGUUUCGUGGGAAAGCACAGAAAACUGGUGCCUUCCGCAGUGGAGCGUGUAUACUGGGGACGUGGUGAUGGAUCAACGUUUCCAGUUCUUCAGAGUCCUUAUGGAAAAAUCGGUGGCGCCAUUGGUUUGGAAAGCAGAAUGCCACUUCUGAGGACAGCAUUGUAUGCUAAAGGUGUAGAAAUAUAUUUUGCGCCUACAACUGAUUGCAGGCCAACAUUUCAUGCAACACUGAGGCACGUUGCUAUGGAGGGCGGAUGUUUCGUGCUGUCUGCAAAUCAGUUUUUGCAGGAGAAAGAUUUGCCACCGAGUUCGUCAGGCGCGGAAGAAGGCAAGCCGGAUGCAGUUGUGUGCAGGGGGGGAAGUUGCAUUAUAUCACCCUACGGAACGGUUUUAGCAGGACCCAAACAUGAUGGAGAGGGGGUGCUCACAGCAGACAUAGAUAUUGGAGAAAUAGCAACGGCGAAGAUCGAGUUCGAUGUGGCAGGGCAUUAUACAACACCAUCGAUUCUCAGCUUGACUGUGAAGGACCAACCAGCGAAAACUGUUACCUUCACCACUUCAGGAGCAAAAAACUGAUAUGUACAAGUAGCCUCCUUGCCAGCAAGCAAUUUUCAUGAUAAUUGCUCUGCUGCUUUGAUAGGGAGCAUAUCCAAUUUCAGCAAGCUUUUUUAAUUUAUUUGUAAAAUGUAAGUGGAGAUAUAAAAUGCCACUGAAAGUUUUUAUUAUUAUGAAAUGUGUGUUGCAGUUUUCAAUUAUUUGAAAAUGAUGCAUUAUUGGUAUUGAA